AUGAUCUGCCAGCCCCCUGAAGGGAGAGAGAGAGAGGUAGUUGCGAAGAAAGAUUCUUCUCUCUUCUCAUGUGAAGAAAGACUUUUCUUUUUCUCCCAUCUCGCUCUCUCUCUCUCUCUCCCGUCUCCUUUCUCGCCCCCUUUCUUCCUUUUUUUCUGUCUCUCCUCUCUCUUCACUCUUCUCUCCUCUCUCUUCACUCUUCUCUCCUCUCUCUUCACUCUUCUCUCCUCUCUCUUCACUCUUCUCUCCUCUCUCUUCUCUCCUACUCUCCUCUCUCUUCACUCUUCUCUCCUCUCUCUUCUCUCCUACUCUCCUCUCUCUUCUCUCCUCUCUCCUCCUCUUCUCUCUCUUCUCUCCUCUCUCUUCUCUCCUACUCUUCUCUCUUCUCUCCUCUCUCUUCUCUCCUACUCUUCACUCUCCUCUCAUUUUAUCUUUUUCCACCUAAAAUUUGUUACCUUAUUCUUUCUUAUUCUUUUUCCUUCUCUUCUUAUUCUUUUUCCUUCUCUUCUUAUUCUUUUUUCUUGUCUUUCUUAUUCUUUUUUCUUGUCUUUCUUAUUCUUUUUUCUUGUCUUUCUUAUUCUUUUUCCUUCUCUUCUUAUUCUUUUUUCUUCUCUUCUUAUUCUUUUUCCUUGUCUUUCUUAUUCUUUUUUCUUCUCUUCUUAUUCUUUUUCCUUCUCUUCUUAUUCUUUUUCCUUCUCUUCUUAUUCUUUUUUCUUCUCUUCUUAUUCUUUUUUUUUUUCUUUUCUUAUUCUUUUCCUUUCUUCUUUUUAUUCUUUUUUCUUCUCUUCUUAUUCUUUUCCUUGUCUUUCUUCUUUUCUUUCUUCUUCUUCUUCUUUUCCUUCUCUUCUUAUUCUUUUUCCUUCUCUUCUUCUUCUUUUCCUUCUCUUCUUCUCUUCUUUUUCUUCUCUUCUUAUUCUUUUUUUCUUGUCUUUUUUUUUUUCUCUCUUCUUUCUUUUUCUUCUUUUUCUUUUUCCUUCUCUUCUUAUUCUUUUUCCUUCUCUUCUUAUUCUUUUCUUCUUCUUCUUAUUCUUUUUUCUUCUCUUCUUAUUCUUUUUUCUUGUCUUUCUUAUUCUUUUUCCUUCUCUUCUUAUUCUUUUUCCUUCUCUUCUUAUUCUUUUUCCUUCUCUUCUUAUUCUUUUUCCUUCUCUUCUUAUUCUUUUUUCUUCUCUUCUUAUUCUUUUUCUUUCUCUUCUUAUUCUUUUUCCUUCUCUUCUUAUUCUUUUUCCUUCUCUUCUUAUUCUUUUUCCUUCUCUUCUUAUUCUUUUUCUUUCUCUUCUUAUUCUUUUUCCUUCUCUUCUUAUUCUUUUUUCUUCUCUUCUUAUUCUUUUUCCUUGUCUUUCUUAUUCUUUUUCCUUCUCUUCUUAUUCUUUUUCCUUCUCUUCUUAUUCUUUUUUUUAUUCUUUUCUUCUUUCUUCUUUUUUCCUUGUCUUUCUUAUUCUUUUUCCUUGUCUUCUUAUUCUUUUUCCUUGUCUUCUUAUUCUUUUUCCUUGUCUUCUUAUUCUUUUUCCUUCUCUUCUUAUUCUUUUCUUUCUCUUCUUAUUCUUUUCUUUCUCUUCUUAUUCUUUUUCCUUCUCUUCUUAUUCUUUUUCCUUCUCUUCUUAUUCUUUUUUCUUCUCUUCUUAUUCUUUUUUCUUCUUUCUUAUUCUUUUCUUCUUCUUAUUCUUUUUAUUCUCUUCUUAUUCUUUUUCUUCUUUUAUUCUUUUUUUCUUUUCUUAUUCUUUUUUUGUUCUCUUCUUAUUCUUUUCUUCUCUUCUUAUUCUUUUUCUUGUCUUUCUUAUUCUUUUCUUUGUCUUUCUUAUUCUUUUUCUUCUUUUUUUUUUCUUGUUUUUUUUCUUUUUGUCUUUUCUUUUCUUUCUCUUCUUCUUUUCCUUGUCUUCUUUAUUCUUUUCCUUCUCUUCUUAUUCUUUUUCUUUCUCUUCUUAUUCUUUUUCCUUGUCUUUCUUUUUCCUUGUCUUUCUUUUUCCUUUUCUUGUCUUCUUCUCCCUGUUUUCUCUUUUUUCUUCUCCCUCUCUCUCUUUUCAUGUUGUGUAA